AUGCCUAAAUUGCAAAAGAAAGUUCUGUUCUGCCUAGCUGGUAUACUGAGCUUCUCCUGUGCUCUGGCAAUUGCGGCAGCUUUAGGUAUUCAGCUGUGGGUUCAAGGAACAGUCCUGUGCAAGACUGGAGCCUUACUAGUUAACGCUACAGGAGAUGAGCUGCAGAAAUUUAUUGGAGAGAUCCAGUAUGGUCUUUUCUAUGGGCAGAGGGUUAAGCACUGUGGGCUUGGAGGAAGACCUACUGAAUUUUCAUUUUUUCCAGAUUUGCUUAACGUGAUUCCAGCCAGCAUGCAUGUCAGUGUGGUUAUAUUUACGACGACCCUCAUCGCGUUUGCCCUGGUAGGAACUGGCUUCUUUAUGUUCAAUGCAUUUGGUAAUCCAUUUGAAACGCUACAUGGUCCAGUGGGAUUAUAUCUGUGGUGCUUCAUUUCAUGUUCCUGUGGCUGUCUCGUACUAAUUCUCUUCUCUUCAGAAGUCAAAUUGCACAAUCUGUCAGAGAAGAUAGCAAAUUACAAAGAAGGAGGUUUUCUAUUUAAAACUCAGACUGAAUAUUUUGGAAAGUCAUUUUGGAUUGUCCUGGUCUGCACACUCAUACAUUUUUUAAAUAUUUUUCUCAUUCGAUUAGCAGGUUAUGAUUUCCCAUUCUCAAAAUCAAAAGACAUGGAUUCUAGUCCAGGAGCAAUAGACUUCAUGUACUGA